AUUAUUAAGUACAUUCAACAAGACUGAACUGUAUUUAGGCCGCUUCAUUGGAAGGCAGAUCGAAUAUCAGAAUCGCUUUGCUAACAUCACUCAUGAUCCUUUGCUUCGAAGCUUGGAACGGCAAUCUGGACUUUGCGGUACGCCAAAUCCAAACCGGUUUGAGGCUCAUCAGAGAGUGGCAUGAAUCUGCUCAAUCUCUGCUUGCCGGGCCUGUCGGAUCAGAUCCUGCCUAUAGCGGCAGUCUUGAGGGCGAGCUGGUUCGAAUCUUCAGCCGACUGGACACCCAAAUCGUAUCGUUUUCAGAGCAGCCAUCUCCGGAAUAUCACGCAAUGAUCAUUGCCAGAGGACGCAAAGUGCUGGAGCGCAUGCCACUCAUCUUCACAUCUCUGUCCGAAGCGAGUAUAUGCGAAGAAGCAAUUAUUAGAAGAGCCAUGGCUUUCGUGUGCCACGAAAUUCCAUUAGAGAAACCUCCUCCUCCGCUUCAUACAUUCCCGAUGAAUGGCUGGCACUCCUGUAGCGAGCCAAAAGUUCUAGCAACACUGGAAAGUAUGGCUGCUGAUUCUAUGCGUUGGAAGACCGCAUUUGCGCCCCUGUGGAAGCGUCUCAAAGAGGAGAACAACCCCUCUGAUUUAUUCCCCGCAGCCUUGAUGAGGAAUCGUAUUGUGUCGGCGCUUAUGGGCUGCACGGCACCCCUCGUUGCCAAUGAGGAAGAUUUCGACCAUCAUCUCGACGAGUUUAGGGUAAUGGUUGAGAUGUCGGAAUAUAUGCUCGGCACUCUAGAUGGGCAGGGAACUCAAAAGGCCAGACACUUCAAGAGGCCAGCGUUCAAUUUUGAUUCUUACACUGUAAUCCCUAUGUUCCUAACUGCACUAAAAUGUCGGGAUCCUUUGCUGAGGAGGAAAGCCAUAGCACUAUUGCUCAAGUACCCCAGAAGGGAAGGAGUGUGUGACAGUGUGUGUAUGGGGAAAUUGUGUGAAUGGACAAUGAGAAUUGAGGAGGAAUAUAUUGACAAGGAUGGAUGGGUACCAGGUUGGGCCAGAGUUCGCGGCGUCACUAUGGAUAGGGAUCGCGAAAAGGAAAAUAGUGGGAUAUUAAUGUGCGAGCAACGAGUUUCAGCGGCAUCCAACGAAGUGGCGAUCAGAUCAACUCACUUAUCUUGGAACUUCUCCGAGAUUCUCGCGAAUACGGCAAUUGGACCGUCAGAAUAAUGAAUAGGAUGAGAACUUCAGUAUACACCUUGAUUUAACUACGGAGUAUGUAGCGGCAGAUCCGACUUGGGCGCUUGCCAAAUAUGCAUACUGGCACUCUGCUGGAAAGUAUCUUGGGUAUGGGACAUUCAAAGUUGCCCCCCC